AUGGACCUUCUCACAUCAACCGUUGAUGCCAGCAUACUAUACGUCGAGCAGAAUCCCUUCUCAAUCGUCUUCCUUGGCCAGCCAAACUCCAUUGACAAUGUCAUCUCGGAAGCAGAGAAAGCUGGGUACCCGCCCAUUGAGCCUCUCCACUCCUUCGACUGGGAGACUACCGAGCCACUGCAGUUCCGGCCUUUCAAGGCGAAGUAUCAUCUCACAAUGGCCCUCUCGAACCUCAACAUCUCCACCCUCAUCCCAAUCGACAAGACCUACAGAUCCCGACUCGCCUACCGCCAGUCCCUGCUUUCGAAAUACCCUUCCGUCGUGAUCGGCGUCACACCCACCGCCGAAACAGAGGGCAGCCUCGCCCACUCUGCCGUCCGCGAGCUCUACGAGUUUGUUCUCGGCGUAUACCUCCCCACCAGGUAUCCGGUGGUCUUCAAUUUGAUUGACUCUCCUAGCAGCAGCAGCAGCAGUCUAGGCCCAGAAAGCAGCACGAGUGACGAAAAAGAGGAGGGUGGUCUAACCGAACCGACGGCAACGACCGAGAAGAAACCGAAAUACCUCCUCAACAGAAUCACCAAUCAUUCCAUCCCGACAAAGUGCCCCACCUCCGCCCGCGAAGCCCUUACCACGCUGGGAACGGUCGUGGACGAGGACUUCCUGAUCCUACUGCCUACCUCGCAGGUGGGUCCACCGUGUGGUGAUGAAGAGAGAAAGGCGGAGGAAGACGAAUACACCCUGCAAGCGUACACGACCUUCUACCCGGCGGGAUUCGACACGCGGGCGAAACUCGGCCGCACGCUCUCCGCCAUCCACGACCCGGUGCCGCGGUACAAGGAGAAGCUGGAGAAGAGUAUGGACCGAUUCUUUGCCAGGCUGGAGGUCGGGCGGUUCGUGCAGCGGGUGAACUGGAGUGUGACGACGGGGACGGAGCUAUUUGCUGCGUUCGGGGGCAUCCAUGGAGAUACUACGAAUGAUGGUGGGGAGGAAAAGGGCGGGAAGGAUGGUGGGACCUUCCUGCGCUGCGAGCGCCAGACGCUCCAUCGUCUGCCCGAGACCAAGGCGCUGGUGUUCACCUUCCAUACGUAUACGUACCCGAUCCGGACGGUCAAGGAGGAAGGAUUAGGCGAGGAGCUGGCGCAGGCGAUCGAUGGGUUGAAGGGGGGCAGUGUGCCGGAGAUGUGGUGGUACAAGAGGGGGGCGGUCUGGGGGGAGGCAGUCAAGGCAUAUCUGCGGGGGUGACACAGUCUACUGCGUACAUGCUAGAGCCCAUACUAGACUUCUUGGAGAGUAUAAAGCAUAGAGCUUAUUCGUCGCUCGGAUAAGCAGAUACUGUCUGUCAUGAAUGCCCU